UCUCUUUGUUAUUUAUGCAGAGUGCCUACCACAGGCCCAACAAACCAGUCUCACACAUCAAGGGCAUGCAGAAGAUCAUGUCUCAACAGUCAUAAGGAAACACAAAGCAAAACUGCUGGAGAAGUAUACAUGUGUUUCUGAGGGUAUUGGAAAAGAAAGGGACCCAGAAGUCUUCAACAACAUCUACGCAGAGAUCUACAUCACAAAUGGAGAGAGUGAAAUAGUCAAUAGUGAACAUGAAGUGUUGCAGCUUGAGGAUACAUCCCAUCUAAAAGCAGACACAAUCAACUGCAAUGACAUCUUCAAACCCUUACUUGGAAAAGAGAAAGGAGAAGAGAGACCCAUCAGAACUGUGCUGACGAAGGGCAUCGCUGGCAUUGGAAAAACAUUCUCUGUGCAGAAGUUCAUCCUCGACUGGGCAGAAGGAAAAGCCAAUAAGGAUAUAGAUUUCAUCUUUGUCCUUCCUUUCAGGGAGCUGAAUUUGAUCCAAAGAUCUGACAGUGUUCAUAGUCUUCUGAGAAGCUUCCAUCCUGUUCUCAAAGAACUUGAUGGUCUGCUAUAUGAUACCUAUAAAGUAAUGAUCAUCUUUGAUGGUCUUGAUGAAAGCAGAUUUCAAUUGGAUUUCAAGAAUAACGAGACUUUGUUUAAAAUAACAGAUGAACAAUCAGUGGAUGUGUUGUUAACAAACAUCAUCAAGAGAAAUCUGCUUCCUGAAGCUCUCCUCUGGAUAACCUCCAGACCAGCAGCAGCCAAUAAGAUCCCCUGUAAGCACAUCGACCAGGUGACAGUAGUACGAGGGUUCAAUGAUGAACAGAAAAAAGAGUACUUCAGGAAGAAAGUCAAGGAUGAGAAGCUGGCCAGAAGAAUCAUCUCACAUGUGACCAUGUCAAGGAGUCUCCACAUCAUGUGCCAAAUACCCAUCUUCUGUUGGAUUGCUGCCAUGAUUCUUGGAAAAAUGCUCAGCGAAAAAGUCAGUGGAGUCCCUGAAACUCUGACUGCCAUGUACACACACUUCUUAGUCACCUUGACUGACUUCAAGGACCAGACGAAUCACACAAAUCCACAGAAAGUCUUGAAACAAAACAGAUCGUUAAUUUUAAAAAUCGGGCACCUGGCAUUUAAACAUCUGGGGAAGGCUCAAAUGUUUUAUGAAAAGGACCUGGAAGAAUGUGGCAUCACUGAUGAGGAACGGAAAGGAUCUCUAUACUCUGCAAUGUUCACAGAAAUCUUAAAAAAAGAGGAAGUGAUUUAUAGUAAGAUUGUGUACUAUUUUGUCCACCUAACCAUCCAGGAGUUUUUUGCAUCUCUUUUUGUGUUUCAUUGUUUCAUAAGCAAUGAAAUGAAUGAUCUGAAGUAUUUCAUCAAUGUCAAGUUCAGAGGUCGGCCUAAAGUGCAUACUUUCCUAAAAAGAGUGGUGAAAAAAGCUUCACAAAGUGAGAAUGGACAUCUGGACCUCUUAGUCCGCUUCCUUCAUGGCUUCUUAUUGGAGUCCAAUCAACAGCUUCUGGAAGGCCUACUGACAAGGUCGAAUAAUGCUGAAGCAAUGUGUAAAAUGAGGAAAUACCUCAAGUACAUGCCAACAAAGGACAUCUCUCCUGAAAGAUGCAUUAACCUGUUUCACUGUUUGAUUGAAAUGGGAGACAAGUCAUUGAAUGAAGACAUUCAAGCAUACCUCUCACAUAAGGAUAAAAAGAAAAGUUCAGUUAAACUCACAGCAGAUCACUGCUCAGCGUUGGCCUCUGUGCUUCUAAAGUCAGGGGAGGAACUAGAUGAGUUUGACCUGAGGAAAUACAAAGCAUCAUGGGAGAAGCGUAAUAGACUGGUCCCAGCUGUGAGAUGCUGCAGAAAGGCUUUACUUGCUGGCUGUAGACUCACAAAUGAGACUUGUGAAACAGUGGCCGAUGCACUAAGAUCCGCAAAUUCACCCUUGAGAGAACUGGACCUGAGUCAAAAUGACCUGCAGGAUUCAGGAGUGAAGCUGCUCUCUGCUGGACUGGGGGAUCCACACUGCGAACUAGAGAUACUGAGGCUGUCUGACUGUCAUGUCACAGAGGAUGGCUGUGCUUUUCUGGCUUCAGCUCUGAGGUUAAACCCCUCCCACCUGAGAGAACUGGACCUGAGCUUCAAUCACCCAGGAGACUCCGGAGUGAAGCUGCUCUCUGCUAGACUGGAUGUGGACCAUAAUGAAGAGUUCUGGGUAAAACCACAGCUGCUGAAGGAAUGCUUUGUUGGCGACGGCAUCACCUGCUACGACCUCCAGCUCUGCGCUGGCGGCUCCUGCUGUCGUCAAGGUUACCGCUGGUCCUCGGAGCUGGGUUGUGUGGACGUGGAUGAGUGUUCCCUCCCCAACCCGACCCUGCACCCCUCCUCAGGUUCUGUUGUCACCGGCUGUGAGGCCUGCCACCUGCAUGCCACCUGUCAUGCCUCUCUACUCACCAAUGAGGUCGAGGUCGAGUCUUCCUCAUCCAAGUUAGUCACUUGCAACUGUAAAUCAGGCUUUGUUGGCGACGGCAUCACCUGCUACGACCUCCAGCUCUGCGCUGGCGGCUCCUGCUGUCGUCAAGGUUACCGCUGGUCCUCGGAGCUGGGUUGUGUGGACGUGGAUGAGUGUUCCCUCCCCAACCGACCCUGCACCCCUCCUCAGGUCUGUGAGAACACCCCCGGAUCCUUCGACUGCCUCGUGCCUCCUGAAGACGACCUCCGCACCAGUCCUCGUUCUGACUCCCGUUCAGUGCAGUUUCAGUGUGGGGGGAGACGGUGUCCAGUGGGAGAGGACUGUAUCAGUGUUGGUGGAACAUCCCUCUGUGCAGACCCCUGCCAGUUCUACACUGUACUGAAUGAUGCCUGGCGGUCCACCACCAACAACGGUGCAGUUAAUGGCGAGCACUGUGACAUGUCUGUCAACUGGCAGGGCUGGUAUCGCCUGUUCCUGGGGAACACCAGUGUUCAGAUGCCAGAGAGGUGUGUGGAGAGGUACAUGUGUGGAACCCACGCCCCCAUGUGGCUCACAGAUCCCCAUCCCCAGCUGUCAAACAGUGUGGUUCAGAGGGGCGUCUGUGGGAACUGGGCAAGUGGCUGCUGCUCAUUUAAACAAGGUCCCAUCCAUGUCAAAGCCUGCUAUGGAAACUACUAUGUCUACAAGUUUGUCCCUGCAGUAAACUGCCACUUGGCCUACUGUGCAGAUGUCAACACCAAGGUGUGUUCUACCUGUAGAAACGAUGAGACCUGCAUGACUCUGGAGCUGGUCUGUGGGCGGAACUUCAUACAGGUGGGCCUUCAAAUGGUUAACCUGGAGGCCGGACGUCUGGAUCCUUCCUCUGCUCACCUGGCCGACCCCAGGUGCUCCGCCCACCAGAAGGCCAACGGCACGGUGUGGUACCAGGUGGAGCGCAGGGAGGGACGUUGUGGAAACACUCUGGAGACCAACGCCACCCAUGCUGUCUACUCCAACAGCUUAUUUGUUUACCCAUUUAAUACAAGAAACGACUCUCUCUCCCGACCCGUGAGCCUUCCAUUCUCCUGUGCCUAUCCCCUGGAGACAGAGAGCAGCCUGGAUGUAGCCAUCAAACCCUACCUGCUAACGGAGGGUGGAGUUUCAGGUUUAGGUGCCAAGGCCAAAUCCUUCAUGUCUCUGUAUCGAAACACCAACUUCACAAAGCCUUACCCACCUGGAGAAGUCCUCCUGCCAGUGGGCUCGGCCUUGCACGUGGGCGUGUCCGUAGACGAGACAGACGACCAGUUGGUGGUUAUUCUGGAGAAUUGCUACGCCACUCACACCCCCAACUUUGAUGAUCUUAUGCGAUACGUCCUUAUUCAGAACAGGUGCCCUAGUAACCAACGUCAGGUGAGGGUGGAGGAGAGCGGCUCGUCCCUCAGGGCUCGCUUCUCCGCUCUGCUGUUCCUGUACCAGGGGGACUACCGGGACGUCUUCCUGCACUGCAGCCUCAGCCUGUGUGACCAGAGGAGCUCCUCCUGCACUCCAUGUCUGGUGUCUCCCUGGUGUUUCUGCCUUAGGGUCUGUUCUCUCUGA